ACAGCCUGCCUGUUGCAUUGUGUUUCCCACCCCGCUGCCUCCCCGCCUCUUCCCUUGCAAAAGGGAAGGGAGAAACGACAUCUCAGUUGUGGAGAUACCUGACCAAAACCAUCUCUCGUCCGUUGGCGUGUCAGAUCUGGUUGUUUUCUUACAGCCUUUGACCCUAUCAUGGCCUCCAGUCUAAAUGCCAUCUUCCUUCUUCUCUGGCUCCUUCAGCGUGGAGGACGGCAGGUUGGUGGACAGAAAGUCUCAGUAAAACAAACCCCCCUGAUCCAGGUCGCUUUUGCCAAUGAAAAUGUAUCUAUGACGUGCCUGGUCAGCUACCCCUACAUGAAUGAAUACAUCACCUUCACAAUCCAUUAUUACUGGGUGAACUCAGAAGGCAAGAUAGUCACCAUCAACAAUCUUUCCGUAUCUGAAACAAUCCCCACUGGACAGACGAACCAGACAACAGAGAAGGAUUACCCACAUACAGUUGGGACACCAGAAAACCCCGCUGCUACUGGCACCUACUACUGCAAGGCCAGUUGGAGAAGCAAAAGAGAAACAGGAAAUGGGGUAUUCAUCCUUGUUAGAGACACAGGGUACAGAGAGCCCUCCCCGGGCAUGUGGAAAUUUCUCAUCGCUCUUACCACUAUCCUGACCAUACUGAGCAUCACUGAAACAGCUCUGCUGCUGUGGAAGAGAAAGAUCUGUCAUUUAGUGUCUCGUCCUAAGUUGGUGGUGUGUCCUGGGAGAUGCCCGGAUGUCCUCCAGAGAUGCCCAGACCUAAGCACAGGAGCCCAAGCCCCUUCAGGAAGCUCAGAACCAUCUGGCUCCAUCUACACUAGCCUAGAAUCCCACCAAGCUGAGGUCUAUUCUGUCCUUGAGGAUAACACGAACAGCUUGUCGCUUGAGAAGAAUCCCACUGCUACGCCUCAAGACAUGAACAUCUCGCAGCCAGACAGGGUUGAAGACAGAAAUGAAGACUGUGGGAAAACAGGGAAGAAGAAGAAAAAGAAGAAAGAAAUGAAAUCUCAGCAAGAAACUCUGGAAGAACCCUUUGAUUCCCUGUAUGAGAAUAUCUAAGAGGAAAGACUAAUCGUGCUUGGACUACACAUCUCUGAGUAUGAGGGAACUGCCCCUCACAUCUUUAGUAUCCAUCUGAAUUCUCCAGAGACUCAUGGCACACUGAUGGCAGAGCCCCACGUUGGUCUCUUUCUAACCUGUUCUUUAUGGACCUCAGAAUUCCUUUGUUCUGCUCUCAGGGUGGCCCAGGCUGCAUGGGUGCGCCUGCAGAGGAUAUUGCUUUCAGUUAUUUAUAAGUCUGACUUUUAGCGAUUGUUUUAGUCAGGAUCUGUGCAAGUUUCCCUCACCCAGCUCUGGCGAUGCAUUUGAGUCUUGAUCUCUAGCACUUGUUGUACAAUACAGGGACCCCACUACUUUCUUUGACAGUGCACCUCAAUCCUGACCUGCAGCCCAUGCUAUCCCACUCCUAGCUCUCUCCUGUCAUGUCAAUAUGAACUUGAUAUAUGUCUAUUGAGGACUUGAUUGGGAGCCAAGGACCCCUGUUACCACCUUUCCUUUCUCAACAACUUCAAGCUGAAACAUGCUGAUGCAUAAAGCAAACUGACCUGCUAGCCCUGUACUGUAACUGCAGAUAUACAGUACAGCCCUGUGCUGCUCUGAAACAGUCUGUCGGAUUCAGCUCUGCAGGGUGAAUAUUUUCCUUUGAAUGCAAUCAACAGAAUAUGGUGGGGGGAGGCAGCAAGAAAAGAGAUGCAGAAAAUGAAGAAGGAGUCUUCCCUGCCUGUGGACAUGUCUCAUUGGUGAUGUUCCUCCCAUGAUAAACUACUUGGAGACAGGGCUUGUGAGAGCAGCUGCCCUGCUGGACUCUGUUCCGUUUAUAACCCUGUCCCAGGCUGAUGUCCCUCCCAGGAAGGGUGUUUAGAGGGAGCGUUAACAUUCUUCUUUUUAAUAGGUAUUGUUACAUAGUGUGAUUGGUUUUUUAAGCUCUGGCGUGGGCAGAUGUAAUAUCUUGGGGAGAAAUUGUCACCCCAUUGAAGUCAGUAGGAGUUUUGACAUUUAUUUCAGUGGGGCCAGGAUAUCACUCCUGGUGUUUAGAGUGGUAUUUCAAAAAAUGCAGCUAAACCAGUUUAUCAGACUCACAAUAUAUGGAGUAGAGGCCCUGUGUGUGAAUUUUCCAUCCAAGCUCUUAUCCUUGCCAUCACAUGGAUCUAGCCCAGGGGUGGCCACCCUGAGCCUGAGAAGGAGCCAGAAUUUACCAAUGUACAUUGCCAAAGAGCCACAGUAAUAUGUCAGCAGCCCCCCAUCAACUUCCCCCACUCCAGCCCCUAGCGCCUCCCCCUCCACCCUAUGCCUCCCGCCUGCCGUGAUCAGCUGUUUUGCAUGUGCAGGAGGCUCUGGGAGGUAGGGGGGAGGAGGGAGGGCACAGCACAUU